AAUAAUAGGACAACUCUUUAUGGGGAAAUUGGUGCACAAAAGUUUAUUUUAAAAGUUUUUCUUCUUACCAACUAAUUUAAAGUGUUUAAUUUAUGUUUUAAUUUAUUGUUGAAACCCUUGAGAUACUCGAAAAGCAGGCUAAUGUGUAAAUUUAUAAGGAAACAGUGAGAAAAAAUGGAUAAAAAUUGUUUUUGUGCGAUCAAGGCAAAUCGCUGAGCGUCACUAUAAAAGCGUCCACUACAAACCUUGAAAAUCAUCUUAAAUUGCACCUUAUUGUGCAAUAAGAUCCUUUUUGGGUGAUUAAAAGUGUGAUAGAGUAGAUCUGCAAGUUUUCCUGGCUUUCGGAGUGAUUUGCAAAAAAGUUUUAUUUUGACACUUUGGUUCGGACGCCAAUUUCCCUCCAAAUCACUCGAGGUCAGGCUUGCAUUGAGGGAGAAGCUUUAAAGCGUGUGCGAGCCAAGAAGAGUGAAGAUGCCUUUGAUAAAGAGAAAAGAAUUCAAACCCCUACCCCCUCCGGAUGAUCUUCAGGACAACGAGGAGGUCUUCUACUGUUCCAUUACCAAGGAAGUUUUCCGAAAUCACGAGGACUACUUUGAGCGUGUAAUGCUUAUAAAUUCCAUGGUAUGGACAUGCGCUCUCACGGGAAAGAGUAGCCUAACGUACAGCGAGGCACUGGAGAGUGAGGAAAAUGCCCGGGAAACACUGUCGAAUUUCUCAAAGGCCCUCAAGACGGCCGUUGUGAUUAUUACAACCUACACACGACGUAGUGGGGUGCUCGAUCUUAUGGAUGAGCUGUACACCUACAUGAAGGAUCGCUACUUCAAGGGUGAAGAGGUGAUUUACUGUCCAAAGGAUGAAUCAGAAGUUUACGGGAAGGUAGUGUCAUUCGUGAAGGAGAGUACAAAUUGCGCAGAUAUUGAGUACAAAAUUAUGCUAUUUCGAAAUCGAGAAACAAUCUGUGUGCCCGGCAGUGAGCUAAGGAGGCACAAAGCUCGACUCACGCGAGAUAAGUUGAAGUUUUUCCUCAAGGAUAAUACGCAUUUGGUCAAUGGAUCCCUCUGCAUUAAGGAACCAAUCCUGAGGAAAUAUACAAAUGAUUCAACGAUUAAAUUCGAAAAUAUUCACUGUGGAAAACCACCUGUUUUUGCGGCGUCAAUGCGUGUCCUCUUAGCUGAGAAGCAACCGAAGAAGCAGGCACAAAUCUCCAAGUACUUCGCAAAGGAUGGUGCAAAGAAGAAUGCUGCGGCAAGACUCGAAGCGGCAAAUAAGGAAAUUGAGGAGAUUAAUCGAGAGGCAGCUGAGGAGAUGGAAAAGAGGAGGGUGGAAGAGCAAAAGAGGCUAGCUGAGGAGAAGGAACGUCAGAAGCAAGAGCUGAAUACUUUGGUGCAGAGCACCGUACGAGCUAUGAAUCAGAUUAAUGAAGAUCUUCUGUUGCAAGAUCAAAGGCCAUUGCCGACACCCAAACCAAUGGAACUUCUCGUACCAAAACGUUUUUACGGCGACUUCCUCAUGGUGCUGGAGUUUAUACACUCAUUCUCUGAGGUAUUGCAGAUACGUGAUAAGUUCCCCAAGGGUGUCACUAUUCCACUCCUGCAGAGAGCUUUUCUCAUACGUGAUGUAGCUGGGCCACUUAGUGACAUCGUUCAAGUGCUCCUUGCCACGAUAUUCUCCCUCCAAAUGGAGGAACGAAGUGAAGUUGUGAUCCGAUACAAAAAGGUUUCCAAGACCAAAUUGGCUAGAGCAAGUGAUCCGACGGAAUUUGCUGAACUACACGCAACACGGACCAUGCGGUAUGCAAAGCAGUACUUUGGCAGUGACAUCUCAGAUUUGCCCAUGGAUGCUACGACAAUUAGUGAAAUCUUGAGGUUGCACAUCUUGAGUUCGGGGGCUCAGUUGAUGGACGAUCAAGCGGUUAAGUGGCGAUAUCAAACUCGUGGUGGCUACCGCAGUACAGACGACCCGGGGCUGCUUCUUCGACUUCGAUACGCUCACAUAAUUCGCGCACUGUCUCAUCGAACAUUGUACGAACUCCCCCUGGGGGACAUCUUUAAAAUCCUUGAGUGUUUGAUAAGUCAAAUUAUGACCUAUCCAUCUGUCAGGGAUAUCAUUGAUGAACGCAUAGAGAAGGCCACAAGUGCGAGGGCAACGAUGAAAUCUCUCACCCUUGCUGAAAGGCAACGUGUGCGACGAUAUGAAGUUGAGAAAAAGGAUCUACGUGAAGAGGCGACAAAGAAAAAGGAAGCAAUUCAAGUUCCAGAUGGUAAUGUGGAGUUAAAAGCGGCAAAAGAGAAGGAAAUUGAUGAUGCUCUGCAAAAGAAGUUGGAGAAGCUUGAGAUGGAGUCAAUAAAGGCAAAUAAGCAAUUUAUGGUGGCCCUUGAGAAGAAUAAGUCACAAUGCUUUGAUUAUCAACUCUAUUUGGGAUCUGAUCGAGCUCAUCGGAAGUAUUGGCUCUUCAACUCCCUGCCGGGACUCUUUGUGGAGCAUAGUGAUGAAGAUUUGGGACCGUGUUUUGAUGAAGUGACAAGAAACAUUCCAGAAUUGACUAAAUGUCCCCAAACGGAACGAUAUAGAAUCAUUAAGCAGCUUGUUGCGACGCAAAUUAAGACAAAUGAGAAGGAGAAUAAUCGUGUGAAUGGUAGCAAAAAUCAACCACCCAUAACUAAUUUUAGUAUCUCCACCGCUGAUUCGGAUACUGCAGUUUCCCAGAAGGAUUUGUGGAUGUGCACAGCUAAACCCGAAACUUGCCCAAUACACAGAAAACGCUUUCCGGAUAAAGUUCAAUGGAGCUACUUUCACACAGCUGAGGAGGUGGAUGCUCUUGCAGCUGGUCUCAAUAUUCGUGGAUUCCGAGAAAAACCACUCAAGGAGCAGCUUGAGCUUGAACGUGAACUCAUUGUGGCUCAUGUGAUCAACUGUCCGCACGAUCUACUUCAGCUGAAUGCUGGGGAUAAGGACAAAAUUCUCGCUCGCUAUGUGGCUGAUCAAAAGAGAUAUGAGGCGGCGAAUUUCCAAAAGGACGAUACGGAAAUCAAAAAUAUCAUGUGCUCCGUGCUCUGUGAUUACAUCUUGGAUCUCGAAUGGAAAAUCUCACAGGGAUACCUUGGAGUACAAAAGGGGCAGAAUAGGCAAAUGUGGAGAGAUGCUGUCGUCAAUUUUGACUACAAAUCCCUUAAGAAUGGAAUGCAAAUCCCCGCACAUUCUAAAAAAGUGACGAAAGGCAAGGAAGACAAGGAGAAGGAGAGUAAGGAGAAGGAGAAAGAGGAUAAUGAUGAUGAGGAUGAUGAUGACAGUGAUUAUGAGGAUCCUGGUGCAGAUCUGCCAGAUUCUCUCUUCGUCGAAUCCGAGGAUAGUGCUGAUGAAUGCAUACCUCUGUAUGAUUUUGACGAUGAGAAGAAGAAGGUGCACUUUCUGGCCACUGCUCUCAUUCAAGUGAAACGUACCAUUGAUACGAAGUUCCUCAAGUGGCCAUUUGGCGUGGCCAAGGAAAAACCCAAAUCCAUUCAGGCAAAGCUCGCAAGAACAGUGAAGAAUUUGCAAAAAUGGGAAACUGCCCUCAUGCGUGCCGUCAACUAUUCUCAGGUCUUUCUGCACUACAACAGGCUCUAUGAUUCCAUUCUGUGGUCUCAAUCGGCAUCACAUGCCGCCUGUCAGAUUUGUCGUCGGAAGAGUGAUCCCGAAAAGAUGCUGCUGUGCGAUGAAUGCAACAGUGGUUGCCACAUGUUUUGCCUGAAGCCGCCACUAACGAAAAUUCCCGAUGGCGAUUGGUUUUGUACAAAAUGUAAACCCGAAGUACCACAAAGUGCGCGGAAACGGAAAAUCUUCCGAGAGGAAGAAUCGAGUGAAGAUGAGGAGGACACGGAGAGUGAUGAGGAGUCCGAUGAUGAGGAGGAGGAGGACGAAGAGGAAGCUUCGGAAGUUGAGGUUACCAAGAAGAAGAAAUCACAAUCAUCACGAUUUUGGGAUUUCAGUGAAAGUAGUGAUGAAGAAUGCGAUGCAUGCCAUAAAGCUGGAAAGCUCAUCAAAUGCACCACCUGCUCCAGCUUACGGCAUUCAAAUUGCAUCACUAAGAAGGAUUGGGUGAAGCCAGGCAAGAAAUGGGAAUGCUCCAAUUGCAGGAAAGGAGAUGAAAAGGAAGUUGUACCUCAGAGGAAAUCAAGAAGGCAAGAAGCUGCAACGGAAAAGCAACAACCAUCGCGUAAUUCAAACAGGAGAUCAUCAAUAAAGCUUCGAAAUAUACAGCAAGAACAAGAGUCAUCGUCUCCUGAUGAAGAUGAUGAACCACUGGCAAAGAAACCGAAACGUCAAGGAGGUGACACCAAGAGAAAGUCCUCAAUUAGGCUACGGAAUUUACAAGCUGAUCAGGAAACAUCGUCCCAUGAUGAAGAUGGUGCUCGAUCGGGGAAGAAGAGGAAGCGCCAAUCGGAAGCUGAUACCAAGAGAAGGUCCACAACGAGAUCACGAAAUCAAGCAGAUCAGGAAUCAUCACAUGAUGAGGAAGAAACACCACCGGCAAAGAAACAAAAGCAAGACGCUGUAGCACCACGCCGGUCCCUGCGUUCUCAUGAUGAUUCAAAAGAUGAUAGUAGCCCAACAGCGGCAAAUGGGAGGAAGAUGCGAAGAUCAAAUAUAAAUCUACCUCUGGACAGCGUCUCUCUGUACGCCCUACUCGAUGCAAUUGCAAAACAUCCGGAUUCAUGGCCAUUCAAUCGUCCCGUGGCUAAAGUCGAAGUUCCUGACUACUAUGAGAUCAUCAAGAAUCCCAUGGAUUUUGCCAAGAUCAAGUCCAAACUCAACUGUGGAGAUUACAUUACAAAUGAAGGACUAAUUAAGGACAUUGAGCUGGUAUUCCAUAACUGCGAUGCAUACAAUAACAGCGAUUCAAAGAUCUAUCAGGCUGGAAUACGAUUGGAGAGAUUUGUCAUUGAAAAGUGUGCAGAACUCAAUUUUAUAUUCAAGCACAGCGACAUGAUAUCCGAUGAUGAGAAUGAGGUGACUGUUAUUGAGAGAAACAAAUCCGGACGCAGUAGUAGGAGGAAGUAGUUUGUAAUUUAGUGGAAUUUUCCUCGUACCCGGAACUCGUGAAAUUUUCGUGUAUUAUUCCCAUUAGAGAUGGAUUAAAUUUAAAUAUUUCAUAAAUUC